UAGAGAUUGUUUAUUUUUUAGCAAAGUGGUGCGCCAUGUAAUCUAAUACUUACUACCCCCGAGUGAUUGGAUAAUUUCCUCAUAGAGAACAAAUAUGAUCGAGUUCAUUCAAAAUGCGAGGGUUCAUGUAGGCAAAACUCCCUUAAAGAAGAACUUGGUUCCUUGCUCUCUGUGAUAUUUUUUAACAGUUUGAUACAUUCCUGGAGGUUCUUUACCUUUAUGUACCUGAAUUUUAGUUUUUAUUACAUCAAAAGGAUACGUUGGAAUCCAAUCCAUUAUACCAGCAAGUCCUCCAGCCAUAGCUCUGAUAAAAUACUUCUUUUUGGUAGAGUCUUGUUCCUUAAUCAGAUUUCUUGUGAGAGUAUCAUAUGUCCAGAAGUACAUUCCUCAGCAUGGCACAUCUCGAAUAACUGUCACCCACCAUCCUUGAUAUAAUCCAGUUAUCCCUUUGGUUUUUACAAUAGAUCUGAUAGCUCGCCUGUAAUUUAUAAACUUCUUUUUAUCUGCUUGAGCUCUGCACUUCAGCAGCUCUGCUGGAACAGUUGUGAUUCAUCCUGCGAAGCCUGCAAAGAAUCCUCAGAAGAGUGACUUCCACCCUUCACUGAUAUUAACUUCUUCCACCAUUCUGUGAGCCAAGGCGUUCGAUGUGAAACAGAUACAGAUAACUGAGGCUGAGUUUAUAUAGAAUUGGAAAUUACUCCUUUGAACAGUCCUCUAGCUCCUUCUCUUUGAAUUAAGCUAUUAGCUCAAUGGAAUGAUGUCUUAUAAUAGCUUGGCUGUGAGGAUUUUUCUAGCAAGUUUGUCCCUUGCAGCUGCAUCCUUAUUCUGAUGGUAUCAAUAGGGUGAGUAGCAGCGAUACCUAUCACACCAGCAAUUGUGCUUGCCACAGUGUCGUUUAAAAUUAAUCUUAAUUGUGAUAUUUUCUCUUUAUGAACUUUCAUAAGUGAUGCCUAAAUAUAUUAAAGUUCUCCUCUGUAAAUUCCACACAUAAAAUAAUGAUUCCGAUAUAGUUUCUUAAUGACACUAUUUUCAUAAAAAUAAGAUACUCAAAAUGAAUGAGGCUGGGCUAUUCUAAUCCAGAUAUUUUAGAAGCUGUUCCUGAACUAUUAAACUUGGCAUCUUUCCUGGUAGUUUAUAAAUCUGGCAAGUUUAUAAGCUAUUACUUCUUAGUGCAACAUAGAAGAGCCAUAACUCGAAAGAAACAAUCGUUCAGCUUUUAGCCUAUGAAGAGAUAGAGACUAGUGUCCAUCAAGGAUCAAGCCAGCUCGGAGCAUAAUCUCGCCUUUCCAUUAGAUGGAUGCAGCCAACCAAGUUUAGAACGUGAAGGAGGUGUCUAGUAUCUACCUCAUGAAUAUACUAGAAGCCUUGAUCCUUAUGCUAUCCUGGUUAUUUAAACUGUAAACACCAAGGAGGCAGGAUAUUUUCUUUCUAUGCUAUGAAGUGAGAAACCUCAGAUCUAAACUUCUGGAAACUAAAGUACUUACUCUGUGAGAUCCAUCUUGAAGAUUGGUUUUAAAGCUAUCAGACAUCUUUAUCUAGCCAAUGAGUAAUUAUAAAAUUUUAAACUCC